AUGAAUCCCUUACACCGAUCAUCAGCACUAUUGCUACAGCUCUUGCUAUCAUUGGCCUGUUGUUGGCAAGGCAGCUGGGGCUACCCAUUGAUUUUGCAGGUAUCCGAGCAGCAAGAAAGAUGCUUUAAAUUCAACAUUCCGGAAGACGAUGAUGCUCAUUUGGUAUUUUUGGCCCUGCCUCUUGGGGAAGAAGUAUCCGAAAAUAGCAAAGAUGGUGGCGCCCAUAUGGAAAACUGGGUGGUCGAACAAAUCAUCGAAAUGUCCAACCAACGAAGUGCCGGAGGGAAUUUGCCGACCCAGUUACCAGCAAAUCCACCCUCUGACUUGAAAGAUGUCAUUAACAAAUUCCUGCAAGGACGCACCGAUGGUGUUACCGCCAAACUCAAAGUUGUCGUCUCAUUGGACUCGGCGGCGGAUCCUUCCUCGCGAGUUUUGCCGAUCAAGUUCUUCAGUCCAAGUGUCAUUAACAAGGUUCGAGAAGCCCACAAAAAGGUUCUGCCAGUCAGUGCGGAUGAUGAUGAAGACCUUAGUGGAUACAGCAUUUGUUUUGACAACAAGGAAAAUGAGGACGAAUCUGUCCAAGUGGUGAUGGAUAUUGUCAUGCUCAAUGGCGAUCCCGAGGAGCAAGACUCGAACGAACCCAAUUUCGUCAAGGAAAAACACCUCAGUCCAUUGGAGGAAUCGCUGGAAAAGAGCAUCAAAGCGGCCAAUACUGUGUUGCGAGAAAUGAAGUACAUGACGGAUAGGGAGGAACGAAUGCGUCACACUGCCGAUAGCAUCAAUCAACGAGUGCAGUACUUUUCCAUGGUUUCCGGGGUCAUCUUGCUGGGUGUUACCUAUGUACAAGUCACCUAUUUGAAGAGGUAUUUCAAGAAAAAGAAACUCAUGUAA